AUGUCUAACUCGGAUUCCUUUUCUCACGACAUUGAAAAACAAACCACGAUAGAUGCUCUGCAAUCAAAGCACAAGCCUUCCACAGCGUCGGCCUUCCGUCACGAUGACCAGAACAUCUACAUCAACGACCAGCCCAUCGACAAAAAUGAUUUCAUCUACGCUUUCGGCGGCUCGCUCAACGUCGGUGCUAGAAAACAAACCGCCCAAACCAGACAGCUCAGCGACCCGGUGCCUGCUGGUCUGGCUGCCUUCAGUUGCUCUGCUUUGUCCCUCGGUUUAGUCCAGUUGCACGCACGUUCCGUGCACACCCCGAACGUGCUUUUAGGCGCUUUCCUCACCACUGCAGGACUCGUCGAGCUCAUUGUUGGUGUGCUCUGCUUCAUCAUUGGUAACACCUGGGCCUGCUGCACUUUCCUCAUGUUUGGAGGCUUCUGGAGUUCCUACUCGUUCCUGCUGAUGGACGUUGGCGGAAUUGCUGCUAGCUAUGCCACCACCGAGGAGUACAAUCAAGCCAUUGCGCUCUAUUUCCUUCCUUGGGCGCUCUUCUCGUUUGCUCUGUUUGCCUGCACGUGGAGAUCCACGUACAGCUUGUCAUUCCUGAUGUUUUUGAUCUGGCUCUUCAUUCUCCUUUUCACCAUCGGCCAGUUCAUCACCUCUGUGGGAACAUUCAAGGCAGGAGGCUACCUCUGUAUGCUGAGUGGAAUCAUGGGCUUCUACAACAUGUUUGCAGGGCUUGUGGACGAGACCAACAGCUACUUCACCAUCAAGCCGUUCUACAUGCCUAACGCCGUUAGACCAGGGAAGACCGAAUAA